AUGGACGUGGACGUGGACGUGGACGUCGACGUGGACAUGGACGUGGACGUGGACAUGGACGUGGACGUGGACAUGGACGUGGACGUGGAUGUGGACGUGGACAUGGUUGUGGACAUGGACCUGGACGUGGACGUGGACAUGGACGUUGACAUGGUCGUGGACGUGGACGUGGACGUGGACGUGGACGUGGACAUGGACGUGGACGUGGACGUGGACGUGGACAUGGUCGUGGACGUGGACGUGGAAGUGGACGUGGUCGUGGUCGUGGACGUGGACGUGGAUGUGGACGUGGACGUGGACGUGGACGUGGUCGUGGACGUGGACGUGGACGUGGACAUGGACGUGGACGUGGACAUGGACAUGGACGUGGACGUGGACGUGGACAUGGACGUGGACGUGGACGUGGACGUGGACGUGAACAUGGACGUGGACGUGGACAUGGACAUGGACGUGGACAUGGACAUGGACGUGGACGUGGACAUGGACGUGGACAUGGACGUGGACGUGGACGUGGACGUGGAAAUGGACGUGGACAUGGACAUGGACGUGGACGUGGACGUGGACGUGGACAUGGUCGUGGAAGUGGACCUGGACGUGGACGUGGACAUGGACGUGGACAUGGUCGUGGACGUGGACGUGGACGUGGACGUGGAUGUGGACAUGGACGUGGACGUGGACGUGGACGUGGACAUGGUCGUGGACGUGGACGUGGAAGUGGACGUGGUCGUGGUCGUGGUCGUGGACAUGGACGUGGACGUGGACGUGGACGUGGACAUGGACGUCGACGUGGACGUGGUCGUGGACGUGGACGUGGACGUGGACGUAGACGUGGACGUGGACGUGGACGUGGACAUAGACGUGGACAUGGAAGUGGACGUGGACGUGGACGUGGACGUGGACGUAGACAUGGACAUGGACGUGGACGUGGACGUGGACAUGGUCGUGGACGUGGACGUGGACGUCGACAUGGACGUGGACGUGGAUACGUGGACGUGGACAUGGACGUGGACGUGGUCGUGGACGUGGACGUGGACGUGGACGUGGACGUGGACGUGGACAUGGACGUGGACGUGGACGUGGACAUGGACGUGGACGUAA